UUGAAGUUCGCUUCGCUACCACCCUUCCCCUUUCCUUUCCCUCUACCCCUUCAUCUCCCCUCCCACCUUAGCCCCGGUUCUUCCUUUAGAGUAGAGUUUGGUUUGACAGCUGUCUUAGGUUCAAUACUUCCCCAAGUUUCGCUCUUUUUUCGAGUGACUGAAUCAUGGAGGAGAUCAAUCCAUCGUCAUGUGACACAUUUGUCGUAUUGCCCCCUUUGACAUCGCACCAAGGCGUUGUGUUUGGUAAGAAUUCUGACAGGCCCAAUGGAGAGGUGCAGGAAUUGGUUUACCUGAAGGGGCAAGACUUCCCAACUGGUGCUAAAGUUUCGUGCACCUACAUUGAAAUCGACCAAGUUAGCAAAACCUUCCCUGUAAUUCUGAGCAAACCAGCAUGGAUGUGGGGAGCAGAAAUGGGAGCAAAUGACCAAGGUGUGUGCAUUGGAAAUGAGGCGGUAUGGUCGAACUAUAAAAGUGGUGAUGAGAAGCAAGAAAGGCUUCUCGGGAUGGAUUUAGUGAGGCUAGGUUUGGAACGUGGAGGCAGUGCAGACGAAGCUGUAACAAUCAUCACCCAACUCCUAGAAGAACAUGGCCAAGGAGGUCCGUGCUCAGACAUCAAUCCCAGGAUGUUUUACCACAACUCUUACUUGAUUGCUGACAGGAAGGAAGCAUGGGUUUUAGAAACAGUCGGAAAACUGUGGGCUGCUGAAAGAGUGGAAUCUGGAUUUAGGAACAUUUCAAACGCUUUGACCAUUGGAACAAAGAUGGACCGCAAGUGUUCAAAUCUACUUGAUGUGGCAAAGAGUGAAGGACUGUGGGAUGGGAUGGGUGAUUUCCACUUUGCUAAAGCCUUUGGGAAACACAAUGAAGAUGCGGAGGAAAGAAAACAGCGUGGACAAAAAAUGCUCACCAUUCUUUCUGGAGGGAAUCAAUUUUGCAUUGUUGAUAUGUUAGGCAUUCUCCGUGACAAAGAGUCAAAUAUUUGUAGGGGAACUGAUCAUCUAAACCCUACAGCAAGCAGUCAGGUUUCGGUGCUUUCUCCAGUUGAUAGUGCUAAGCCAAGCUGCCAUUGGUUUACUGGAACACCUGACCCCAGCAUUUCUGUCUACAAACCAUUCGUAUUCACCCCCAAUGUGCAGAUUUCUCAUCUUACCAUCAGUCCAGUUCCUGACCCAGACCCUGCAAAGAUCAUACCACGUUUCUCGACUACUGUUGAUCGAUCCCACCAGCUCUACAAAUUUCACCAAACUGCAACUAGCAAGCCCAACAGGGAAGAGAUCAUUGCAAAGCUACGCUCAAUGGAGGAAGGAUGCCUGAGUGAAGUGCAAGCAUUCAUUGAUAAAUUUGAGGCAGGUCAACCUCUGACUGAAAUGGAUGAGCUUUUGAAAGACAUUGUUGAAACAGAAAUAAAGUUCUACAAAUAAAAUGUCUCAUUUCGACGUAUAUGUUGCAUGCUGCUUGCAAUUUAUAGUUUUGAUUCAAAAAAUCAUGUUUAUUUCAAUUUCUAUUUAAGAAAGUAAUGUUUCCAAAAAGCAAUCUGUUGUUCCAUUUAAGAGAGAAAAGACAUUCCAUUUGUAGCAUAUGCCAAGUUCACAAGACACUUUUUUUUACGUCUUUAGAUUAUUAAGGCUUAAAAAAGUAAUGCGUUGGCAGCCGUUUGGUUGGUGGUGGUUGGUUUAAAUGAGGGAUACAGCACCUAGUGGGACAUAAAAGGGAUCACUAAGCAAAACUCUGCACAUGCCAAUGUACAGUAUCUCACUUGCUGCUAAGAACUAAAUUUGCCUUGUGAAUGUCUGCCACAAUUUUUGUUUCAGAUCAUCAUAGUCCAAGUACAAUAUUUAAUUUUAUACCCUUAUUUCUGAGUCAUUGCACAGACUUUGCCAAUUGGUUAAAUGCUUUAAGGUAGAUCUCUGUCAACCAGAACUGAAAGAGAUAUUUCAUUUGAUCUGAGAGUUUUCCAUCAUCUCUUUCUGAUGACCAAAUUUUGUGGCAGUUUUUGUGUUGAUGCUCAUUUCUUGUGAUAUUGUUUGCGUGCAAGGGCAAUCCCUUGUACAUUUGGGUGAUGUGAAUUUGUUAUAUGUAUGUUUGUGUUUUUUAUAGUUUUAAAUUUACUUUUUAACAUUUGAGUUGACUAACAGGCUGAUUACUAGAUUUUCUAGAUUUGUAUUUCAAUGACUACAAUCAUGGCUUUUACCUGUGUUUCUGUAUGCAUGCAUUCUUUCCUUCUCAAGCUGCUUAUGUUAUUUAUUACGUGACUCUAUUUUAUGCCUUGCUGUUGGCCUUGCAAUUUUAGCUUUAGUCAUAACAAAGUUCUGUUAUUACUGUCUCCCACCCUGACUGUGUCAAGAAAUAAAACAGGUGUUUGGUUGUAAGCUUUCUUGGCUAAAAAUAUUUUGGUUAAGAAAUGAAUUUCUAGAAAAUAUUAUUAUGCCUCUUAGAUGUUCCUUCUCUGUUUGUGAUAUUUUACCUUAUUUUAAAUUUUUGUUUUCUGAAAUCACUAACUCUUGUUGAACAACAUCUGUUUUUAUCAGAAUCUUGAAUCAAAUGGAAUCAGUACUAAUUGUGCUUGAUACAUUCUGAAAGCUUUAUUCUUAGGAAUAGUUAUCGUAAAUAUGUGAAGCACAACUUUUUUAUGGUUUUUUAUGUUCCUAGAUUUUUGGAUGGGCAUUUUGUAUGUGUUAUGAAAUCAUCACUUUGUACUUGUCAAUUUCUCAGUGUACCAUGUCACAAAUGUCUACUGCUUGUUAGAAAUAAAUCUUGUUUAUGAGCUUUAAUGCUUUACCUUC